AUGCUCUGUUUUUGCGACAAAACGCAAGGAUACAAAACAUAUGACUGGUGGCAACAGAGUAUUGUUUAUCAAAUUUAUCCACUAUCUUUUAAAGAUUCUAAUGGAGAUGGUUAUGGUGAUAUAAAUGGAAUUUUUGAAAAAUUAGAUUACAUCAAAGAUAUCGGGGUGGACAUUAUUUGGGUUCAACCUUUUUAUAAGUCACCUAUGCUUGACCUGGGUUACGAUGUCGCUGACUACAGAGUCGUGGAUUCUUUGUUUGGCACACUGGAUGAUUUCAAGAAUUUAAUCAAAAGAACUCAUGAAAAAGGAAUGAAAUUGAUCAUUGACUUUGUGCCCAAUCACUCGAGUGAUCAAUGUGAAUGGUUCAAACUCGCGCUGCAAGGUGUUGCGCCUUACAAGGAUUAUUAUACCUUCAAAGAUGCUAAGAAGAUCAACGAAACUCAUUUCACGUAUCCAAAUAACUGGCGUAGUAUUUUUGGUGGUGGCUCUGCCUGGACAUGGAGUGAAGAGAGGAAGCAGUACUUUUACCAUAUGUUUUCUGUAAAGCAACCAGAAUUCGAUCUCCGAAACCCUUCACUUUUGCGAGAGUUCGAAAGUGUAAUGAGGUUUUGGCUGGAUAUGGGUGUGGAUGGGUUUAGGAUUGACGCUGCGUUCUUCUUACUGGAGGCAGCCCAUUUCAAAGAUGAACCUGCGAUUGACGGCUCAAAGAAUGAGAACGAUUUUUUCAACCUGGACCACAUUUACACGCUCGCUCAACCAGGGAACUACGAUUUAGUAAAAUCGUGGGCCUCCUUACUUCAUGAGUAUAAGAAGAAAGAUGGUCAUACUAGGUUGACCUGUCCCGAAGACUAUGGUACCCCGGACAUUCUAAAAGAAUAUUUAGGAAAUGAGACACAUCCUGGUGCUCAGCUUGCUUUCUACAACCGACUUGUGCACCUUCUGACUCCAAAUACCAACUCCUCGGGUGUUGAAAAAUGGGUUCGCAGUAUGAUAGAUAACUUCCCAGAAGGGUAUUACAAUUGGGUGAUAGAAAAUCACGAUAAUCCUAGAGUAAGCUCGCGAUUCAAUCCUGAGAGCGUUGACUCUUGGAACAUAUUUACACUUCUCUUACCAGGAAUUGCGACGAUUUACUACGGCGGCGAGUUGGGUUUGGAGGACAUAAAUCCAAGACCGGAUCAAAAACGAGACCCUAACAAUGGUGUGAAUUCACUGGAGAAUCGUGACGCUUCUAGAGGCCCAAUGCUCUGGGAUGACACUCGGAACGCUGGUAGGGAACCCUCCCCACAUAUACAGGGUUUUCAGGUGGAUGCACCUUUUACACCUCGCUAG